AUGGGCGAUGUGGCCGACAUCCUCGGGCUUGGAGGUCCACCAGCGCCAUCCGGGAGGGCGUCGCCCGUGUUAGGUGGCCCGUUGGGCCCCCUCCAAGAAAACAAGCGGGGUAAGGGUGGAGCUGCUCCGAUCAAGAAGGCCGGCAAGCCUCAGGGUGUCAGCCGGGAGGUUCACGCCUUGCUAGGAUCGGAGGGGCUGCCGCCGGAGGUAUGUAGUGUAGUGUGUGCUGGACCCUUGCGGGGUCCUGGAUAG